AUGAGUCGCGUCGUACAGUGUGAACGGAUUUCAGACACAACAGAUUGGUUGGCGAUCGUGGCUCACAACGGGACACGACCGAUUGCUACUAAUGAUGAGCCAGCGGCGUUUUUUUCCGCGUCGCCGCCCCCACCGUCACCACCGAAGAGGACGCCAGUGCCAUCAACGCCUGCAUCCCCGGACGAACCGUACUCUGACCUUGACAUAGCAACGUGCCAGGUUAAGAGGGCGGUUCCACCGACCUCCACGCCACGGGAACCGACUCCGGUGCAGCGGUCGACUUUACAGACCGGUCCCGUUGAGUCGGCACCAGGACUUGUUGUUGCGGCAUUAAAGAGGAAGACACCAUCACCGACCUCCACGCCACGGGAGCCGACUCCGGUGCAGCGGUCUACUUUACAGACCGGUCCCGUUGAGUCGGCACCAGGACUUGUUGUUGCGGCAUUAAAGAGGAAGGCAACAUCACCGACGUCCACGCCACGGGAGCCGACUCCGGUGCAGCGGUCGCCUUUACAGACCGGUCCCGUUGAGUCGGCACCAGGACUUGUUGUUGCGGCAUUAAAGAGGAAUGCAACAUCACCGACCGUCCAACCAGCCAAGGCCAAGCCAAGCCAAAUUUGUAAUAAAAACAACUAG